AGGGGCCUAAAUGUUUCGGCAUCACCUCACCCGGCGUGAAAGGCAGCGUCCAAGCUAGAUGAUACUUCGACUAGGCAGCUAACGUUUGUUAUUUGCAUUUCCAAGAAGAGAUAUUAUUUAUCCCAUUGUGGUGACUGUACCAUCAUGGUUCUUUACGAGUAUGUCACUCAGGAGCAGCUUGCGGGCUUCGACAAAUACAAGUACAGCGCGGUGGACUCGAAUCCCCUGUCUAUCUACAUCAUGCACCCAUUCUGGAACUUUGUGGUGAAGUUUCUACCAACGUGGUUGGCUCCAAACCUCAUUACAUUUACGGGCUUCAUGUUCCUUGUGUUGAAUUUCCUCAUGCUGGCCUUCUACGACUUUGACUUCACUGCCUCUACUGCAGGACACGACCACGUGCCUAGUUGGGUGUGGGUCGCCGCGGGGAUCUUCAACUUCUUGGCCUAUACACUCGAUGGUGUUGAUGGUAAACAGGCUCGUCGCACCAACUCCUCCACACCACUAGGGGAGCUGUUUGACCAUGGCCUGGACAGUUGGGCCUGCAUCUUCUUUGUGGCCACUGUCUACUCCAUAUUUGGGCGUGGGGAAAGUGGCGUAGGCGUUGCCACACUCUAUUACAUCCUGUGGGUGGUGCUCUUCUCAUUCAUUCUGUCUCACUGGGAGAAAUAUAACACUGGCAUCUUGUUUUUGCCCUGGGGAUACGAUAUCAGCCAAGUGACCAUCUCCCUCGUUUACUUGGUCACUGCUGUGGUCGGCGUAGAAACAUGGUACCAGCCAAUCCUGUGGCACUUCCUCUACAGAGACCUUUUCACCUUCAUGAUUAUCGUCUGUUCCUUCACCGUGACCUUACCCAUGAGCCUCUUCAAUGUGCUGAAAGCUUACCGAAAUAACACUCUGAAGCACAGCAGCCUAUAUGAGGCCCUCCUCCCCUUCUUGUCCCCUGUCCUCCUUUUUGUUUUGUCCACAACUUGGGUAGUCUACUCUCCAUCCAACAUCCUCGAGCUGCAGCCCAGGAUCUUCUACCUCAUGGUGGGGACAGCCUUCGCUAAUGUCACGUGUAAGCUGAUUGUGUGUCAGAUGAGUAACACACGUUGCCAGGCACUUAGCUGGCUGCUGCUGCCCAUGACGCUGGUGGUGUUGUUAGCGGUGAGCGGUGUGCUCACCAACGAGGUCCUGCUGCUGUAUCUGUGGACAGCUGCUGUCGUACUAGCACACAUACACUAUGGCGUGUCCGUGGUACAACAGCUCAGCAGCCACUUCAACAUCCUUGCCUUCUCCCUGAAAAAGCCUAACAGUGACUGACAGGAGGAGGAACGUAUCGGCUUGAAAGAAGCAGAGGUUUAGGCUCCUCCCCUCCUCGGCUUAUCGACACUUCACUCUCGUCACUACGGAAACCGUAUCCCCUCCCCUCCAUCCAUGAGGACACUGGAAUGGACAAUGGCCCUUUUUUUCCACUGUCCCCGAAGACACACAGGCACACACACACUUGCACACUCGCACACAUGUUCUUAACCAACCAACCAAACUCUGGUCUCUGCGAUAGGGCUGGCCCAGGGGCUCUGGCUUCCGUCACUGGUGAUUGGCGAACUUGGUUGAGCCAAUUAGGUGCAAUUGUUUCCUAAGGAAAUGUGCUUCAGUCAUGAGAACAGGAGCCAUGCAAGCACAUAAAUACACACAUAUAUACAUUAUUCUGCUUCACGCAGAUCAUAUAUGUCUCAUGGCAGGCAUUUCAAAUACGAAUGCAGCCACACACACACACACACACACACACACACACACAGACACAGACACACAGACAGUUGUACUCACAUAGUAUUAUGAAUGUAUGAUAUGCCUUGGGGAAAAGCCUUUUAAGUUUUAUUAUAUUAACAGGAAUGCCUCAAGUAGUGGUUGUUUCAAACAUGACCAAACCUUUAGAUUCUGGCCAGAUGUGACUAAUACAUCCACAGCUGUGUCCAGAGUUUAAAGUUUCAGUCACCUUUAAUCCCAGUGAUAAAUGUUAAUAGCUAUACAUAUACUGUAUGUGUGAAGGGGUUUGGGGCAUUUUAUUUUCAAACUGAAACUUUAAAAAAAUUGUUAUUAUUACUCCUGUAAAAUAUUGUAUAAACUUCUCUCUAAAUAACUCCACACUCUGCUCUGUGGUAAACAGAGUUGGAUUUUGAUGAACCAGGGCAGGAAUUGACCAGGGUGACCUCUGACCUUUUGAACUCUACUAACCCUCCACUUUGACCUCUGUCUGAGCACUGGCAUCCCGGCUCUCCGUACCCUCUGAGGUGUCGUGUCUUUAUGCUGAUUCAUUCUCUUUUAAUUUUUUUUUUAUAUAUAUAUACACAUUUCCUUGGUUUUUGGGUUUGUUUGUUUGUUUAUCCUUUGCCAUGGCAACUGUUUGCGGUUGAGUUGCGAAGCGCUUGAAUGAAGAGUGUGUUCAAAAACCGUAAAUGGAGCGGACUCACUCUGAGGGAACAAGCCAUCGCACUGCACACCACAAAUGCCACGACACUGCCUGGUGUUGCACUCUCCUGCUCACACACAGAUUCUCUCACAGCUUUUCUACUGUCAGAUAACUCGUGUAAUGUUGCACUUCUUUUUUCUAUUUCAGUCUGUUCAAUAUUGUUCCUCUGUGUUGUUCAAAUUGUGUUUCCAGGGUUUCUCAUCAAGCUGGUUGUCACUGGAAGGCCAGUCAAGAUUUGUCAGUACUGACUAAUCAUGUGUCACCUCUGACUGCAAAAAUCUGCCUUUUUUUUUUUUUCUUUUUCAUGUUACAACUCAGACGGUUUGUCAGUGUGGUCAUAGUUUGGAGGAAAUUAAUCUUUUGUGAGUAACCUGAGAAUCCCCUUUGGCCUUGCUGUUUAAAAGUAUCGAGUCUUGUCUGUCUGCAAGGACUCCAGUACCUGUUGAUAUAGAACCGAAAAGUCCAAACUACACUCAGAAGUUUCACAGUUCAAGCUGAUUGAAACCUACAUGAUCAAUGUGGAGCCAAGAUGAUAUGUGUUUUUCAUCUUCUCCACCAGUGCUGUUAAAUUGUACUUCUCAACUAGACCAGUGAGUCCCACCAGACUCUGCGGGCUAGGAUUUUCCAUGUCAUGCUGCACUUUUAGGUGGAACAGGUGGAUCCAGUCAGCUUAACCAUCGGUUCAGUGUCUGGGUCUCAGUGGUUCUGAAGGAAAAUUGUUGAAAUGAAUGAGAAUGACUUGAGACAGCUUUGUACUUGCCAUGUGAACCUCAGUUGGGAGUUGUGUUUGUUGGUUUUCUGACUGAAGUCUGAAUGUUAAUCAUUUCAUAUGCAGUUGAUUGCUGCAAAAAGUGUCAUGAUACUUUGACUUAAAAGUAGGAAACAUUUGAUUCACUGGGGGUAUACUUGGAUCUUUGUGGAUAAUUUUACCACUUAUCAAGAAGCUUUGUAAGUAAACUGUGAUUGAGCAACACUGAACAUGUAGACCACAGCCUUGUAGUGUGCUUGUAGCACCAUCAUGACUGGGAGAAACAAUCUAAGGUCCAACUCUACUGCCAUAAUACCCAGUAAAGUAGCCUGCUUUGGUUUGCAGUACAUCUGCACUGCAGCUGUGGAAAACUAGUAUGCAGUCAUGAGCACAUUAUUGAAUAGUUGAGAUUUGAUUUGACACAAGAUCAACUUACUGAGAUUUCACCACCAAAAUGGUGAAGUUUUUCUGGUGUGUACCUGCACUGUCUGGGAAUGUGCAUAUUAUGGUGUACCAGUCUGUUAAUAUAUGGGUGUAUACACACUCUGUAUGUGAGGAUGUUUGUGUAAAUACAUUCUGUAUAUUAUUUCUUCAUUUUUAUUUUAUUUUUUAAAGUACAAAUGGGAUCGUUUUCCUGUAGGCCGUUUUCUGUACACAUUGGGAAAUAAUUUAGUUUUAGACCAGUCUGCUCCAAACCCUUCAAAGCUACAAAAAUAUCCAGUUCCUAGAUCAGACAUAACAGUUUUUGUUUGUUUGUUUGUUUGUUUGUUUGUUUUUGAACAGUUCACAUUUCUGCUGCUCCACUGCUUUCUACCUUCAGGUUGCAAGCGUUACAAACAAUGUUAAAUUCAUCAAGGUAUGACAUGUCCUAUUAACAGAAAAAUGUCAACUGGGUGAGAAAAAUGGUGCCAUUUAAUGAAACAAAGGUCAGUAGGAACUAUCAGAACAAACCUUAAAACAAGUAAAAUUCUCAUCCAGCUGGCAGCGACAUGCAUCAGUUUAUUUAUGAUACGUUUAAAAAGAAAACAAAAACAUUUCUGGGCAUUUUUGGAGUGUGCUCUUCGGCUUCACUUACCUCUUUCUAAGAAGCAGUCCCCCCCACCCCCCACCCCCGAUCACUGAACCAAGCUGUUCCAAUUGUGACGAAGUAGUUGUAUAAUGCUGCCCUUGCCCACUGGCCCACAACCCAGGGCUUCAGUGUGGCUACUUGUGAUGUUGUAUUUACCCAGUGAAAGAACAGCCUGUCCAGGCACAAAUAAAAUUGAAUUUUCUUUAACCACUUUA